CUUCCUUGCCUGGCUCAGCCUUGAACUCGAUCCCCUUGUCUUUUGUCCCACUCAGAUAGCGAAGAACCCUCUUUGCUGCCUGCCAAUGCCCAAAACCGGGCUCAUGAGCAUAUCGUGCAAGCUCCUUGACCACAUAGGCGAUGUCCGGGCGGCACGUGAUCGAGCAGAACAUCAAUGCGCCAACGAGUUGCCGAUAGGGAACCUUCUUCAUCUUCGUCUUCUCUUCGUCCGUCUUCGGUGACAUCUCAGAGGUCAGUUGGAUACCGGACGCACAAGGGAAAUCCACUGGGUUCGCAUUCUCCAUGCUGAAUCUCUUGAGCAUCUUGUCGAUGUACUGUGGCUGUGUGAUCUGCAGGGUCCUUUCUUGACGAUCGCGGAUGAUCUUGAGGCCGAGAGAGAUGUCAACCUCGCCCAGGUCCUUCAUCACAAACACGCUCGACAGCUGCUGCUUGAACCAGGUGACCCCCUCUUGUUCGCUGACGAUGAGAAUGUCGUCGACGAACACCACAAGAAGGAUGUUGUUGUCCUUAUGCAGGUACACACAGGGCUCUUGAGGGUGGCGAACGAACCCUCUGUCGAGUAGCUGGUUCUGGAGGGUGAUGUUCCAUGCGCGCGGGGCUUCCUUGAGGCCAUACAAUGCCUUCCGUAGACGAACAAUAUGGCCGGGCUUCUCAUAUUCAGGUGGGCACCGCAUAAAGACAGGCUUAUCCAGCGGGGCGUUGAGAAAUGCUGUGUUGAUGUCCAU